AUGUUAUUUCAUUCUCAUGUCAUUGUAAUAAUUAUUUUUUCUGUCUUUUUUUAUAGUACAACUGGAGUAGGUUGGCGUUUGCCUAUCUUGGGUCUUUCUUCAUCAUAUCAGAUUAUCGGUCAAAAUUGGAAUGGUGGUAGUGCAGUACCAGUGGUUGGGCCGGUGAGCCCUCUUGGUGUAUGGAUUCAUGUUGCUACUUCAUAUGAUUCUACAAAUGGUAUUCGUCUUUGGUUAAAUGGAACAUUGAUUGGAUCAACGGGUUCUUUUUCAUAUAGUCCAUCAAGUGCACCUAAUACAGUCACACUCGGUAAUUCAUUAUCAGGUCAAUCGUCUUGUGCAACGGGCUCUAUAUCGAAAGGACAAUUCUAUGGUAAGAUGGAUGAAUUAAGAAUAUACUCAAGAGAACUAACUGUUACUGAAGUUGAUGCAUUGGCGAAUCCCUAA